AUGAAGAAUAAACCAUUCGAUGGCCUCUUCGGCGAUGUUAAAGCAUAUUUUGGGAUGAUUGAAACUCAGGGAGGUGGCACGUUGCACGCACAUUUCUUGAUUUGGCUCGCUGAUGCACCACCAAACAGCGACGCGUUCAACCGAGCUGUCGGUGUGUAUGGGGACCAAUACUAUCGAGACAUCGAGGCGUUCACAGACAUCAUUGUUUCGACGUCGAUGCCACUGAAGACGGACGGAGAAGAUGCCGCGCAUGAAGAGUCGUUGUUCUGUGCCUGGGAGGUGUCGGUAUGGGUUUCCACGAGCCAGAAUUGCGCAGACAUCGUGCUCGAGUGA